UUCACAUGAGCCACUCGACCGGUGUUCAUGACUCAAUCCAGUGCGUCGCACGAUAAUGUACAAGCUAUGAAAUUUGUCUUGCUGUUGUUUCGUCUAGUGUUCUUGUAUUUUCCGAGUUACCCCUACGCCAGUGCCCUACGGUCAGCGCCGAGAGCAGAAGAACAAUACAAAAUGAUACACGAAGGCAUCUCAGCCAGGGAUUGCAACAUGGUCAAACCGAAAUCCAACCAUUGCGAACUGAGACAGAUCAUUCCCAUUUUAGAAAAAGACUACUACGGCCUCGAAUAUUACAAACUAAAGUGCAACGCCAUAAAUCUCGGAGGCAACACCAUCGCCGCCCCUACGAUGUGCUUCACCAACGACGUCCCCACCGCCGGCGAGUACCUGGCCGCCAGCAGCACCUGCAACUGGUGCUACGACGCCCCGCAGCACCUAGCCGCCGACUACGUGAACAUCAGGAAGGGCGACGACGCCAGCGUCACCUUCAUAGAGCUCGAUCCGCCGCUCGCCGAUCCCUGCCAGUCGCUGGAGAUCUCCUCCGCCGACCAGCCGGACGCCCUGGAGGGCUUCAACUGGAGCAGCCGCAAGACCUACGACCGCGAGGACGCCGGCCACUGCAAGAGGAGCGUACCCACCGCCGCUCUCUACGAGAUGAACAGCUUCUGGGGGUUCCAGCACCCCAACUGCAGGGAGCCCAUACCCAUUAGGGACUUCUACCAGGAGUACAGGCGGCAGAAAUCGGAGACGGCGAGUGCGGGGCCGACGAUACCGUCGAUGUCACAGAAGAAGGCCGAUGAGGCGCCAAGAAUCAUUGACGAUGACAGGCUGGCGGAGUUAGAGCGCCGGGUGGAGUCGUCGGAAAACGAGAUAGAGGAACUGAGAACCGAUAACGGCAAGCUCAAAGAUACUAUAGGGAGUUUGAAAACGCUGAAAGGCGACGUCGAUAAGAAGAUGGAGGAACUGAAAAGAGAAAUGAACGAGCCCGAAAGCAACGACAAACUCGUGUACUUAGAGGACAAAAUCGACCAUGUACGUAACCAUUACGAGCAAAUGGAGAAACUCCAAGAAGACACGACGCAGAAAUUAAUCGCCUUAGAAAACUUAUGCAAAGAAACCUCACCUAAACAAGACGAUAAAAGCUUAGAAAACAAAAUCAACGAAUUAGAAAACGAAGUAGAAACCGCGCAAAACAAACUAAACGAUCUGCAAUUCGAGCAAUCCAACAACACCAAAUCCCUCGAACAAGACAUACUCAAAUUCGAAGACAAAAUAAACACCAGCUGCAGCAAAAUCGAGAGACUCGUCGCGCAGAUGACACACCUAUCGGACAAAGUGAGCGAACUGGAGCAAUUCCACGAGAAAAUCGACAACAACAUCGGCGAUUUGAGCGCCCUAAGCGACAGAGUCCAGGAGAUGGAGAGCUGCUGCAAGACCGUUGACACCGUCGUCGGCGAGCUCAAAGAUCUAGGCGACAAAGUCAGCAAGCUGGAGAGCCCAUCCGAGCAGAUCGACGCCCCGAUGACCAACCAGGAGGACCUCAAGAACAAGCUCGACGAUUUCAUCGACGGCUUGGAGAAAUCCAACGAGAAACUGGACGGGAAGCUGAAGAGCCUCGGAGAAGACGUCGCUAAAAUCAAGGAAAGGCUGAGUGACAACGAAAAGGAGAUCGAGGAACUGAAGGAAAUCAACGACGAGGUGAUCCAGAGGAUGAGCGAUCAGUCUAGUGAUUGGAACAAGUACAAAUUGGAGUUGAAGGAAGGGUUGGGAAUAUUCGCCGAGGCUAUUGGUAAAUUGGAGGAGAAGAUGGCGGCGAUGGAGAGCGCCAACAGCAGAUGGGUUAGGAAAUAAUCUGAAGGAUGCGGAGAAACUAAAGGCUAGUCGCGUUAGCAAAUUCUGGUGGUGUGGUGUAAGUUAAAUUCGCCAGAAUCAUGAUGAAUUAGUGGAGUAUUUUAAAUAAAAUAAAUUGUUUUAAUGAUAAAGUAAUAGUGCAUUUUGUUGUGUGAAUUUUGAUUGUAAAUAUUUCGAUUCUUUCGAUUUUGUAAAUAAAGAG